AUGUUGAUAAGCAGUCCUCAAUGGAAAACAUUGAAGCACUUAACUGAGAAUAGACAAGUAGCACUGACUCAUAGUCAGGACCAAGCUGGGUCAGGGCAGGUAGCACUGACUCAUAGUCAGGACCAAGCUGGGUCAGGGCAGGUAGCACUGACUCAGAGUCAGGACCAAGCUGGGUUAAGGAAGGUAGCACUGACUCAGAGUCAAGACCAAGCUGGGUCAGGGAAGGUAGCACUGACUCAGAGUCAGGACCAAGCUGGGUCAGGGCAGGUAGCACUGACUCAGAGUCAGGACCAAGCUGGGUUAGGGAAGGUAGCACUGACUCGGAGUCAGGACCAAGCUGGGUCAGGGCAGGUAGCACUGACUCAGAGUCAGGACCAAGCUGGGUCAGGGCAGGUAGCACUGACUCAGAGUCAGGACCAAGCUGGGUCAGGGAAGGUAGCACUGACUCAGAGUCAGGACCAAGCUGGGUCAGGGCAGGUAGCACUGACUCAGAGUCAGGACCAAGCUGGGUCAGGGAAGGUAGCACUGACUCAGAGUCAGGACCAAACUGUGUCAGGGCAGGUAGCACUGACUCAGAGUCAGGACCAAGCUGGGUCAGGGAAGGUAGCACUGACUCAGAGUCAGGACCAAGCUGGGUCAGGGAAGGUAGCACUGACUCAGAGUCAGGACCAAGCUGGGUCAGGGAAGGUAGCACUGACUCAGAGUCAGGACCAAGCUGGGUCAGGGAAGGUAGCACUGACUCAGAGUCAGGACCAAGCUGGGUCAGGGAAGGUCGCACUGACUCAGAGUCAGGACCAAGCUGGGUCAGGGAAGGUCGCACUGACUCAGAGUCAGGACCAAGCUGGGUCAGCGAAGGUCGCACUGACUCAGAGUCAGGACCAAGCUGGGUCAGUGAAGGUAGCACUGACUCAGAGUCAGGACCAAGCUGGGUCAGCGAAGGUAGCACUGCAUAAGAAUUAACAAGGAGAAGACAAUUGGCUCUAGAUCAAAACCGGGAUAUUGCAAGGAACAGGCUCUGCCAUCAGAAUAGAAAAGUAAUCUCAUUGAAUGAAAAAAUGA